AUCCGAAAUUGGAAACAUGAAACACUGUAAUAAAUUUUCGACCGCAAUAAAUGCCAAAUAAAUGUAAUUUGGCUUUUGGUGAUUUUUAGAAAGAGAGAAAUAUAUAAUUUCUAGAGUUUAAUAAUACUUGGGUCCUUUAGAACCAGGGCAGCAGGUUUGGCAGGUGGAUCGGAAGUAAAUACAGUUCAUUCGCUAAAGUUGCUUUACCUGCGCCAGGUAGGAGAACAAAAAAAUUACAAAAACCUCGCAAGACAAGCUUUACAUCCGCAAAAAAUGAACAAUCCCAUUCCAUCCAACCUAAAGUCUGAAGCUAAGAAGGCUGCCAAAAUCCUUCGGGAAUUCACUGAGAUUUCCAACAGGCAAGGUCCUGACAAGCUUAUUCCAGCCCAUGUGAUUGCCAAAGCCCAUGGCCUGGCAAUCUUAUCAGUCAUCAAAGCCGGAUUCAUGAUCACUGCUCGUGGGGGAAGUGGGGUAGUAAUUGCUCGUCUCGCUGAUGGGAGAUGGUCAGCUCCCACAGCGAUUGGCAUUGCUGGUCUCGGUGGAGGCUUUGAGAUUGGGUUGGAGGCAUCUGAUUUUGUCAUCAUCCUUAAUCAACAACGAGCUGUGGAAGCUUUCAGCAAAGGGGGAAACCUUACAUUUGGAGGGAACUGCACUGUGGCUGUUGGUCCACUUGGCAGGAAUUUGGAGGCGGACGUGGCAUUCCGCAGCACGGCAGCCGUCUUCUCCUACUGCAAGUCACGUGGUCUCUACGCUGGAGUUUCCCUUGUUGGCUCCUACAUAAUGGAACGCAAAGAGACUAACAGAAAGUUCUAUGGCCAAGAUAUUCGUGCAUCUGCCAUUCUCAAUGGCGACGUGGAGCCACCUCCAGAAGCCUAUGACCUGUAUACUAUUUUGGAGGCCUAUACUGAAAAAUACACUAAUGAUUGGCAGAGCAAGUAUAUGAAUCCUAAUAAGAAGAGUAUAGCCCCAAGUAGACCAGCACCCCCAGCCCAGAGAUCAGCUUCCUCCUUCUCUUCAAGGGCUGAAGCUUCUUUUACAGAAACCAGGCCAACGCUGUAUCCUAGUAUUUCUAGCUGGGGGCCAGAAAGCUCAGACGAAGCAUCUGGUGGCGCUCUUGUAGUCUCGGCCAUGCAUGCCUUCACUGGGCAGCAGCCUGGUGAUCUGAGCUUCGCUGUGGGAGAUCGAAUCACUGUCAUCACAAAGACCGACUCGCAGUAUGAUUGGUGGGAGGGAGAGCUGAAAGGACAGGUGGGUAUCUUCCCUGCCAACUUCGUCUCCCUUAACUAAGAGUGCAAAAAAAGGGCUUGGGAUUCUAGGAUCUCUGUUUUUCAGAUUCCAAAAAAGAAGAAUUUUUUUUAUGAAUAAGCUAACUUGCCAAAUGAGCGUAUUUAGAUGAUUAUUCUUACCUGAGAUUCUUGUCUUUGGUUUACAUAUCGGUUACUGUUUAAAAAAAUAUGUAAUAGUAAAAGUGCUCCCACAGAUUCACACAUAUUUAUGGGUUGUUUAUAUGGAUCAUGGGUUUUUUUUAUUUAAUUACUGGGUUUAUUUAAAUAUGUUUAGCAAUGCAAUCAGCAUAACGUUAACCCCCAGGCUUUAUUGAUCUGAUUUUUAUGCUAAUAGUGUUUUAAGGAGUGUUAAGUUAUCGUUCUCCUGCCAGUAGCUUCUUCUGUCUUCGUUCACCUUUUACUUAUAUAUUUAAUGCAUUUAUUUACAUCAUGUAAAAUGUUAUGUAUCUCAACUCAGCUACUGGUAGAAAUGAACAACACAAGAUGUAGAAAAAUUGUAUCAUUUAUAUAUUUUUGAAAUGAAUUGUUGUAUUAGCUUUGCCAAAUGUGCCUUUAUGGAUAAAAAAAAAAGGUUAUUUAGGUUACGAUCAUGAAGUGUUUUUGUAUGUAUAACUAAUCAAAUGCAAAUUUCUACUUUUGGUGAUACUGAUAUUUUUAUACCUGCGGUUCUAAUAAAUAUGAGACAUUUAA